CAAGCAUAUGCAAGGAUCAAAACCCAUCCAAGUAGUACUACAGAAACCUUCUAGUUUUCUAAUUCUUUUAAAUUACCCGACCCGACUCUCAGAUUUAGAAUUGAAUGCAGUGGCAACACUUUGAUCUCCCAUCCCAAAUUGAUGAUCUAGGGUUUGUAAUUAAGGCAUGACGGAGAGAGCAACAGCCUUAAAGCCACUCACCUGGCAAGACUGGGAAUCUGUGAUCGAAGACUUCCAACACGGUGGUGCACGCCUUGCCAAAUGGACCUCCGACCAUUCAAUCACUGCCUUGGUGGACUUUGCUCUCUCUUCUCUUCUCAAGAAGGACUUCCCUCUCAAAAUCCCUCUUUUAAUCUUUCUAGAAGAAUUCUCGCUCACACUUUUCUCUAGUCCUAAACCUCAAAAUCCUUCUCUUCACCGCCUCAUUGAAGCUCUACGGUUUGUUGUUCAAUCCCCAGUUGAUAAUUUUCACAUCACUUUUGCCUUCAAAGAGCAGUUUAUGAUUUCAACCACUUGUAUUUUAAUCUCAAUUGAUGCAUUUCAGGUGUUUGAUGUUAAAUAUUUGGAAAGUGUUGUUGAAUUGUUGUUAACUGUUAUUAAUCGACCCAAUCAUGGCUUUGACCGGCACACUAGGGCUAUAGCUGCUGAAUGUUUGCGGCAGUUGGAAAUUUCUUAUCCUUGUUUGUUAUCUGAUAUUGCCGCACACUUGUGGACUUUGUGUAUAAGUGAGAGGACUCAUGCCUCCCAGUCUUAUAUACUGUUGUUUACGGCUGUUGUGUAUAAUAUUGUAAAUCUCAAGUUGAAUGUUUCAAUUUUGAAUACUUCUGUGCCUUUGGUUCCCUUUAGUGUGCCACAGUUGAUGUUGGAUUCAAAUACGGGCUUGAAUUAUAAGGAGUUGAGGAAAGCAAUGGCUUUUUUUUUGGAGUCGCUGCAAGUGUUCACUCCUUUUGGGAUGUUGGAGUUAUUGGGAAUGAUAAUGCCCAUGGGAGUGGCUUUGGAGUUGCAGCCAUCUAUGUUGAAGGUCCAAUUUUUUGGGAUGAUUUAUUCAUUUGAUCCUGUGUUGUGCCAUGCUGUUUUGAUGAUGUAUUUAAAUUAUAUUGAUGCAUUUGAUGGGCAAGAGUGUGAGAUUGUAAAAAGGCUUACGUUGGUUUCGAAGGAAACACAACAUUAUUUGGUUUUUCGUUUGCUUUCAGUGCAUUGGUUGUUGGGUUUAUUGCAUAAACUGUUGUUGAAUAUAGAAUUUGGGAAGAAGAAGGCUAUUGUUGAGUUGGGUUUGAGGGUUCAUUUGAAUGUGUUUGAUCCCCUUGCAUUGAAAUCCUUGAAGCUUGAUCUGCUCGCAUUCUGCACAAUUUUUCUUGGUAUUUUGAAAUCGGAGAGUGCUCUAGAUGGGGACUUUGGGGAAAUGAAGUCUACUGUGAAGCUUUUUGAAGACUGUCUUGUUUCUGUGUCAGCUUUAAAAUGGUUGCCUCCCUCAAGCACAGAAACUGCUGUGGCAUUCCGUAUCUUUCAUAAGUUUUUGAUUGGUGCAUCAUCUCAUUCUAACAUUGAUCCUUCCACCACUAGAGUUCUCAUGGAUUCCAAGAUCUUCCAUGCUUUACAGGGCAUGCUAGUGGACAUGGCAUUAGAGUUUCAGAGAUUGGUGCCAGUCAUUGUUGCUUUUGUUGAUCGCUUAUUAGGUUGUGAAAAUCACCGUUGGUUGGGAGAGUGUUUGCUUCAAAGACUUGAUGAGCAUUUGCUUCCAAGAGUCAUCGUAGAUUAUAAAUUAGUUUUUUACUUCCCAGUAUUUGAUAGAAUUGCUGAAAAUGAUACAAUACCUCCACAAAGAUUGUUAGAGCUGCUCACUAAGUUUAUGGUUUUCCUCUUAGAGAAUCAUGGCCCAGGCACAGGACUGAAGUCUUGGUCUCAGGGAAGUAGAGUGCUUGGGAAUUGUCGAACCAUGAUGAUGCACCAUCCUAGCUCUAGAUUAUUCAUUGGACUGUCACGCCUCCUUGCAUUCACCUGUCUAUACUUCCCUGAUUUAGAGAUUCGUGAUCAUGCAAGGAUCUACUUACGACUGCUGAUUUGUAUACCAGGAAAGAAGCUCAGAGGCAUACUUAAUCAUGGGGAGCAACUUCUUGGCAUAGCACCAUCUCCACAUCCGAAUUCAUUCUUCAAUGUUCAGUCUCCAAGACACUAUCAUGAUAUCAAGAGUUCAAAAAACAUCUCGUCUUGUGUUCAUCUUGAGCGUGUGAUCCCUCCACUUGUCAAACAAUCUUGGUCCUUGUCAUUAUCAACUAUGGGUAUUGGGGGUAAUAAAUCUGGUUUUAUACACAGCAUCAGGGACACUGACUCUGUAGUCGAUGAAAGGGAACUCGAUGGCAGUAUUGAUCAUCAGAUUGUGUCUGAAGCAGAAAGUAUCAAUCAGCCACCUCAACCAUUACGUGUAAUGGAUUCAAAAAUUUCGGAAAUAUUAGGAAUACUGAGGAGGCACUUUUCUUUUAUUCCUGACUUCAGGCAUAUGGAAGGGCUGAAGGUUAGAAUACCAUGUCAUUUGAGAUUUGAAUCUGGGCCUUUUAAUCGUUUGUGGGGCGAUAAUUCCUCCAUUGGUGGUUUGGAUGGAGUAGAUUCCCUCCCGGCCAUAUAUGCUACUAUGCUCAAAUUUACAUCCUCUGCACCAUAUGGGUCUAUUCCCUCUUGUCACAUACCUUUUCUUCUAGGUGAGCCUGCCAGAGAGGGUAUUUUCCCUGAUCAAAUGGUUUCACUAGAUGUUCCUGUGGAAAAUGGUUCUGGAGAAGAGGAAAGCUUUCGAGCUCCAGUAGAAAUUGAAUUGGAACCCUCUGAACCAUCACCUGGUCUUGUCAAUGUUUUCAUUGAAACAAAUGCAGAAAAUGGUCAGAUCAUUUAUGGCCAGCUUCAGAGUAUCACAAUAGGUAUAGAAGACAUGUUUCUUAAAGCUAUUUCCCCACCAGAUAUUCCAGAAGAUGUAAUGCCUCUUUAUUAUUCUGAUUUGUUCAAUGCUCUCUGGGAGGCAUGUGGUACCUCUUCCAACACAGGCCGGGAGACUUUUACUUUGAAAGGAGGCAAGGGGGUUGCAGCAAUAAAUGGAAUUCAAUCAGUCAAGCUACUUGAAGUUCCUGCAGACACUUUGAUAGGGGCUACAGAACGCUUCCUGGCACCCUUUGUUGUAAGUGUAAUUGGUGAGCAAUUAGUCAAUAUCGUGAAGGAUGAUGGAAUCAUUAGGGAUGUUAUCUGGAAGGAUGUGAUGUCUGAUUUGUUUCUUGAUGGUAGUAACUUCAGUACUGAUAUUGAGAGAGGGCUUCUGCGUAUUACUUACACUGGGGAUGAAAACGAGGGAGAAGGUCAGGUCAAUAUCAGUAAAAGAAAUAUGGGUUGCUUUCUCAUAUUGAUAUUUCUUCCCCCAAGGUUUCACCUUCUUUUCCGAAUGGAAGUAUCUGAUAAGUCAACUUUAGUUCGAAUUAGAACUGAUCACUGGCUGUGCUUAGCAUAUGUUGACGAUUAUUUGGAAGCGUUAUAUUUGGCUUAGAAGUGAAUUCUUUUUGUAAUAUCUCUGCACAGAAUGAUGAGUUCAUCUAUUUUUUUUUUUUUUUUCUCAUCAGCUUUUGUUUUUGCUGCUGUAGACAUUUUGUUCUUAAUUCUUUCUCCAAAUUGUUUCCUACAGAGGGCAAUUCUUUUGUACCCAUAAUAAACAAUAUGUAAAUACUUCUGCAAUUAAAUAUUUUCAUCUUAUUUGACAGUCA